AUGUAUGGAUCGCGUACCUUCGAGGAGUUUGACGAGACGAUUUCAACAACGCCGGUUUACAGGGGCUGCCAUGGCUUGUUCACUUUUCUGCUGCUAAUGAUGAAGAUUUCGUGCCAUUUUUGUGUUUGUCUUUGUAGUUCCCGGAUUGUGGCAACUUGGAGUUUUGUGGCUCACGUAUGGCUUCGUUUUGAGCAGAUUUGGCGAGAUUGA